GAACAGAAGCUGCCUUGCUAUUUCUCAGAGCACGCAUUGCUACGUAAAGGCCUAUAAUAUCUAGCCCCGCAUUUUCUUGACGUCAUCACGCAGUCGGUACGGAACGUGCAGUACUGAUAGCUGAACCGGUGGUGGAGGUGCCAUGGUUAUGAAAGCAUCGAUGGAAGAUGACGAUGCUGGAUGGGAAAUUCCUAUGCAGGAGAAGAUGGGAAAAAACAAUGGCAACUGGAUAGAGAUAACUCAAGACUUCAGAGAUGCCUGCAGAGAAUUAAAGUUGGGAGAGCUACUCCAUGACAAGCUUUUUGGUCUCUUUGAAGCCAUGUCUGCUAUUGAAAUGAUGGACCCUAAAAUGGAUGCUGGCAUGAUUGGAAAUCAGGUUAAUCGCAAAGUGCUCAACUUUGAUCAAGCAAUAAAGGAUGGCACCAUUAGAGUAAGGGAUCUGACUCUACCAGAACUGAUAGGAAUUAUGGAUACCUGUUUCUGCUGUCUUAUAACCUGGUUAGAAGGUCACUCUUUAGCACAAACUGUUUUCACUUGCCUUUAUGUCCAUAACCCAGACCUCAUAGAAGACCCAGCUAUGAAGUGCUUUUGCACUGAAAUACUCAAGAUCUGUGACAUUGCUAGAGAAAAAGUUAACAAAGCUGCUGUUUUUGAAGAGGAGGAUUUUCAAUCAAUGACCUAUGGUUUUAAAAUGGCUAAUGGUGUGACAGAUCUUCGUGUUACAGGUAUGUUAAAAGACGUAGAAGAUGAUCUGCAAAGGAGAGUAAAGAGCACAAGAAGUCGCCAGGGUGAAACAAGAGAUCCUGAAGUAGAACUUGAACACCAGCAGUGUUUAGCUGUGUUUAGCCGAGUGAAGUUUACACGUGUACUGCUGACGGUUUUGAUAGCCUUCACAAAGAAGGAGACAGGUGCUGUCAUAGAAGCAUCCAAGCUAAUAAGUCAAGCAGGUGACCUUCUUUCUGCCAUACACAACUCCCUUUCACAUGGCAUUCAAGCCCAGAACGAUACUACAAAAGGAGAUCACCCAAUUAUGAUGGGAUUUGAGCCUCUUGUUAACCAGCGAUUACUUCCUCCAACAUUCCCACGAUAUGCAAAAAUAAUUAAAAAAGAGGAAAUGGUUAGCUAUUUUUACAAACUUAUAGAUCGAAUAAAAUCAGUUUGUGAAGUUGUGAACUUAACAAAUCUUCAUAGUAUACUGGAUUUUUUUUGUGAAUUCAGUGAACAGUCACCUUGUGUUCUCUCAAGAUCUCUCUUGCAGACUACUUUUUUAGUGGACAAUAAGAAGGUAUUUGGAACACAUCUGAUGCAAGAUAUGGUUAAAGAUGCACUGCGCUCUUUUGUGAGUCCUCCUGUCCUUUCAUCAAAAUGUUGUUUAUAUAAUAGCCAUCAAGCAAAAGACUACAUUGAUUCCUUUGUGACUCAUUGUGUGCGGCCAUUCUGCAGCUUGAUUCAGAUCCAUGGGCACAAUAGAGCACGACAGAGAGAUAAACUGGGACAUAUUUUGGAAGAUUUUGCCACUUUACAAGAUGAGGCUGAAAAGGUAGAUGCAGCUCUUCACAGCAUGCUACUAAAGCAAGAACCACAGAGGCAACAUUUGGCCUGCUUGGGAACCUGGGUUCUUUACCAUAAUUUGAGGAUAAUGAUCCAGUAUCUGUUGAGUGGAUUUGAACUCGAGCUCUAUAGCAUGCAUGAAUACUACUACAUUUACUGGUACCUCUCUGAAUUUCUUUAUGCUUGGUUGAUGUCCACGUUAAGUCGAGCAGAUAGCUCGCAGAUGGCAGAAGAAAGGAUAAUGGAGGAACAACAAAAGGGCCGGAGCAGCAAAAAAACAAAGAAAAAAAAGAAAGUUAGACCACUGAGUAAAGAGAUCACUCUAAGCCAAGCAUAUCAGAACAUGUGUGCUGGGAUGUACAAGACAAUGAUUGCGUUUGAUAUGGACGGCAAAGUCAGGAAACCAAAGUUUGAGCUGGAUAGUGAACAAGUUCGGUAUGAGCACCGGUUUGCUCCAUUUAACAGUGUUAUCACACCUCCACCAGUGCACUACUUACAAUUCAAGGAAAUGUCUGAUUUGAACAAAUAUAGUCCGCCACCUCAGUCUUCAGACCUGUACAUGGCAGCCAGCAAACAUUUUCAACAAGCAAAAAUGAUUUUAGAGAAUAUUCCUAAUCAGGAUCUUGAGGUCAGUGAGAUUUUGAAGGUUGCCAAAAAUAAUAUUGUAGUAAUGAAGCUGCUUGCAGGAGGCCACAAGAAAGAUUCAAGGAUUCCACCCGAAUUUGACUUCUCUGCACACAAAUAUUUUCCUGCUGUCAAGCUGGUUUAAAGACUGAGUGGUUACAGAGUGUUUUACUGUGUUUUAUAUGUACCUGUUGCAGAACUGAAGAAUGAAGGAACAUUGUUGUUGGAAAGAGGUUGGCUGUAUCAACAGAGAUGAUAUUGAUAAGCACAUUGAUAUGCUUAAGACACCUUGCUCUGCAUUUUCUAGACUUAUACGGCCUGUGUUUAGCUCUGCUCACAUACAUCUAGAGACAAAGCUGCUAUUCAGUGUAAAGCAAUGCCUUUGGAAUUUUCUCUGCACAUUUUUCAUCUUAUGCAAGAUACAGGGAGGUGUGUGUGUGGUUGCUUAAUAUGACACUUUCAAUUUGUGUGAAAGCUAUGGUAUGUUUUUUUUUUUAUAAAAAGAAAUCAUGUACAGCAUAAAGAAACAUUUGUGUAUACAAAAUGCUGAGCUAGUUAAAUGUUUUAAACAAUCUAAAUGCUUCUUUGUAUGACCUCUAGUGAAGGCCAUCACUUUCCUAAACAAUAGUGUGCCUUUUUAACGGGGAAGAAACCCUGGCAUUUACUAUCAUGCAUAAACGCAUUUAUUUUUUUUGCACGAAAAACAAGUGAACCGAUCUCAAGUAAAUACAUGUUCCUUUGCACUUCAAGCAGCGUAUAUGCACAUUGUGAACAAUUAGAAUUCAACCAUUUUCAGUUUUUAUUUUCUAAAGGUCACAAGGAGGCUGUAGUGUCCGUCCCAUUGAAGGUUGUACUUGCAUGCUAGAGAGGCAAUUCACGGUUUACUUUUGCUUGGCCAUAAAGCCUGUAAUGCCAAAUGCAGGUGUGCACCUUUUGAUAUGGCUUUCUAGCAGAGGCCAAGAGCACGGAGCAAUCUUCAAUGGGAUGGAGGGUAGAGCUGUUCUGCCCUCCUAGGGACUUUUAGAAAAAAAAGACAGGUAUAGAAGGGGCAGCCAGCUGCUUGUCUGAGAACACAAAAGCAGAUGUUAAAUAAAUGGGCUUUUCUGGUUCUGUUUUGAAAUGUAUUUAAUGUACAGAUGACAUACUUUAAUAUUCUGGCCUCUACUUAACUUUACCAUCACUUUAACAAUAAAUAUUUAUUUCCAAUCAGAGUGGUUGGAUCUAUGGACUGUCUAUAUUAAAUAACUGUUUUCUAGUUUUGUUUUUUAUACAAAAAAAUGAGUGCAACAUUUUUAUUUUUAACUGCAUGAUAGGAAAUGUGGUUGUUUCUUGACGCUUCUAAGCCAAUUCAGUUACCUUUUUUGUUGUUGUUAAUAAUAUGAGACUGAAGGGUGUUUUUGUUUUUAUUUUGUUGUUGUUUUUUUUUUAAAUAAAUUUCAGUCUGUGACACCAGUUCUAUAAAUGUUCGGUUCUUAUUUUUGGAUAUGUAUUAAAUAUGUAAAAUACUA